CCGUGAGUCUCUGUCUUGACAAAUAGCUCAUUUGAUCACUCUCUCUCUCUCUUCUCUCUCUCUCUCUCUCUCUCUCUCUACAUAACUCUCCAUCUGUGCCAUCUCCAAGCCCCAUAUCCGCACCAUUUAUUUCUCCAUCCCACUUUCCCUAUAUAGUUCCCCUCCACCUCCUGAAUACACAAAGCCAACUUCCCCUCAUACCAUUCUCCAGCGAGAGAAUGCGGUUUUCCGGGGACAUAUCGGCCGAAAUGGCGGGUAUAAGUGGCCCCGACGACCUCAGCAGGUCGAUGAGUAGUAGAGGGGGUUGGAACUCCGGCAGUUUCCGGGCAGCUUGGUCCAAUUCUGGCGAUGUUUUCCGGCGCAGCACGUCGGAAGACGACGAAGAGGACUUGAAGUGGGCAGCUCUAGAAAAACUCCCAACUUAUGAUAGACUGAGAAGGGGGAUUUUGAAGCAAGUUUUAGAUGAUGGAAAGAUUGUCCAUGAUGAAGUUGAUGUUCGAAAGCUGGGUUUGCAAGAUAGAAAGCAAUUGAUAGAGAGCGUUCUCAAGGUUGUCGAGGAUGAUAAUGAGAGGUUUCUACUCAGACUAAGAGACAGGGUUGAUAGGGUCGGGAUUGAUAUUCCAAAGAUCGAAGUCCGAUAUGAGAACUUGUCCAUUGAAGCUGAUGCCUUUGUUGCGGGCCGGGCCCUUCCUACACUCCUUAAUGCCACGAUGAACACCCUUGAGGGAUUCCUUGGGUGCUUGCGACUCUCGCCUUCCAAGAAAAGAGUUCUAAAGAUACUAAAAAAUGUGUCCGGCAUUGUAAAGCCAUCCAGGAUGACUCUGCUUCUUGGUCCUCCAAGCUCUGGGAAGACAACCAUGUUGCUAGCUCUUGCAGGAAAGCUGGAUAAGAAGCUAAGAGUAUCGGCCAAGAUCACAUAUAAUGGCCAUGAUUUGCAUGAAUUUGUACCACAAAGGACUUGUGCAUACAUAAGCCAACAUGACCUUCACAAUGGAGAACUGACAGUGAGAGAAACACUUGAUUUUUCCGGCCGUUGUCUAGGGGUCGGAACCCGGUACCAAAUGUUGUCAGAGUUGUCAAGAAGAGAGAGAGAGGCCGGAAUCAAGCCUGAUCCCGAGAUUGAUGCCUUCAUGAAAGCCACUGCAAUGGAAGGCCAAGAAACGAGCUUAGUGACUGAUUAUGUCCUUAAGAUAUUGGGAUUGGAUAUUUGUGCGGAUAUAUUGGUGGGCAAUCAAAUGAUGAGAGGGAUCUCCGGAGGACAAAAGAAACGAGUGACUACUGGGGAGAUGUUGGUCGGACCGGCGAAGGCCUUGUUCAUGGACGAAAUCUCAACUGGGCUCGACAGCUCUACCACUUUCCAGAUAGUGAAGUUCAUGAGACAGAUGGUACAUGUUAUGGAUGGGACCAUGAUCAUCUCUCUCUUGCAACCGGCGCCCGAGACUUUCGACCUUUUUGAUGACGUGAUCCUCCUCUCUGAAGGCCAGAUAGUUUACCAGGGUCCACGCAAACACAUACUCGAAUUCUUCGAAUCCAUGGGAUUCAGGUGCCCCGAGCGUAAGGGUGUUGCCGAUUUUCUUCAAGAAGUCACCUCUAAGAAGGACCAAGAGCAAUAUUGGGCCAACAAAGAACAGCCGUAUCAGUAUGUAUCAGUCUUCGAGUUUUCAGAGGCAUUUUGGUCAUUUGACGUUGGGCGUCGUCUGGCAGACGAGCUCAGUGUGCCCUAUGACAAAAGCCGUGGUCACCCAGCUGCGCUAACGACCGAGCGCUAUGGCAUCCCCAACUUGGAGCUCUUCAAGGCUUGUUUUGCUAGAGAAUGGCUCUUAAUGAAGAGGAACUCCUUUGUGUACAUAUUCAAGACCACCCAAAUAUCAAUCAUGUCAUUUAUAACGAUGACUGUGUUCUUGAGAACAGAGAUGAACCACAACACCAUUGCAGAUGGCAACAAGUAUUUUGGCGCUCUCUUCUUUGGGCUGGUGAAUGUUAUGUUCAAUGGAAUGGCUGAGCUCUCAAUGACUGUGCAUAGGCUACCAGUCUUCUAUAAACAGAGGGACUUCAUGUUUUAUCCAGCUUGGGCUUAUGGCCUUCCUAUCUGGGUUUUGAGGAUCCCACUCUCAAUCAUGGAGUCAGGCAUAUGGGUGGUUCUCACCUACUAUGUCAUUGGCUAUGCUCCUGCACCUAGUAGGUUUUUUAGGCAGUACCUAGCAUAUCUAUGCACCCAUCAGAUGGCUCUUUCUCUUUUCCGGUUCAUCGCUGCCGCCGGAAGAACACUGGUCGUUGCCAACACCUUUGGGACGUUUGCUCUCCUCGUCAUUUUCGUUCUUGGAGGAUUUGUUGUCGCCAAAGAUGAUAUUCGUCCCUGGUGGAUAUGGGGAUAUUGGAUUUCCCCAAUGAUGUACGGGCAAAGUGCUGUGUCUAUCAAUGAAUUUCUUGAUCCAAGAUGGAGCAAGCCGAAUAAUGAUACAAGUCUUGGUCAACCCACCAUUGGGAAAGCCAUCCUUAGUUCAAGAGGAACAUCUGUGGAGGGCUACAUGUAUUGGAUUUCUAUUGCUGCCUUGGUUGGCUUCUCUUUGAUCUUCAAUGUAUGCUUCAUCACGGCUUUGGCUUAUCUUAAUCCUCUAGGUGGGUCUCAAGCCAUUGUACCAGAAGAGAGUGAAGAAGAUAACGUGAGCAAGGAGAAGAAAUCUCUCUCUAGCAAAAAGAAAAACUUGAAGAUGGCGGGCACUGGCGACAGAUGGGCACAAAAUCCGAUGUUCGAUGGGUCGGCGUCAGCAUCAUUCGAAAUGACGGCAAGAAACGGCGAGGCGCCGAGAAGUGGUGAGGGGAGUACCAGUAGAGAAGUGGGGGUGGUGAAGAGGGGGAUGGUGUUGCCUUUCCAGCCUCUCUCCCUCGCCUUCAACCAUGUCAAUUACUACGUCGAUAUGCCGGCAGAAAUGAAGGCACAAGGCAUUGAAGAAACCCGGCUCCAAUUACUACGGGAUGUCAGUGGCGCUUUCCGACCCGGUGUACUCACGGCUUUGGUGGGUGUGAGCGGGGCAGGCAAAACCACUUUGAUGGAUGUGCUGGCCGGAAGGAAGACAGGUGGAUAUAUUGAGGGAAGCAUUAGCAUAUCCGGCUACCCCAAAAAGCAGGAAACGUUUGCUCGAGUAACUGGAUACUGUGAACAAAAUGACAUUCAUUCUCCUAAUGUUACAGUUCAUGAGUCACUUAUCUACUCUGCAUGGCUCCGCCUUUCACUUGACGUGAGCCCCGAGACACGAAAGAUGUUUGUGGAAGAAGUGAUGGAGUUGGUGGAGCUAACACCCAUUAGGGGGGCUCUGGUGGGCCUUCCUGGUGUGGAUGGUCUCUCAACUGAGCAAAGGAAGCGCUUGACCAUAGCUGUGGAGCUGGUGGCUAACCCUUCCAUCAUCUUCAUGGAUGAGCCCACCUCUGGGCUCGAUGCUAGGGCUGCGGCCAUCGUCAUGAGGACAGUGCGAAACACAGUGGAUACCGGGAGAACCGUUGUUUGCACCAUCCACCAACCGAGCAUUGACAUCUUUGAAGCAUUUGAUGAGCUUCUUUUGAUGAAAAGAGGAGGUCAAGUCAUCUAUGGAGGAUCUCUUGGUCGCCAUUCUCACAAGCUCGUUAAAUAUUUUGAGGCUGUCCCCGGAGUACCCAAGAUUAAAGAUGGCUACAACCCUGCAACAUGGAUGUUAGAGGUCAGCUCACCUGCAGUUGAGGCUCAACUUGGUGUGGAUUUUGCAGAAAUUUAUGCCAAUUCCUCACUAUAUGAGGGGAACCAAAAACUCAUCAAGGAGCUUAACACACCAGCACCAGGCUCUAAGGACCUCUACUUCCCCACCAAAUACUCUCAAAGCUUUCGUACUCAAUGCAUUGCUUGCUUUUGGAAACAACAUUGGUCUUACUGGAGAAAUCCACAGUAUAAUGCUGUUCGCUUCUUCAUGACACUAACCAUCGCUCUUCUAUUUGGCACCAUCUUCUGGAACACAGGCAGAAAGACGAAGAAGCAACAAGACCUGUUCAAUUUGGUGGGUGCAAUGUAUGCAGCCACUCUUUUCCUUGGAGCCACGAAUGCGAUGUCUGUGGGUCCCAUUGUCGGCAUAGAGAGAACAGUGUUCUAUAGAGAGAGAGCAUCUGGCAUGUACUCCGCAUUGCCUUAUGCAUUUGCUCAGGUGGGCAUUGAAGUGGUGUAUAUAGCAGUACAAACCACAAUGUACUCUGUUCUGCUGUUCUCCAUGAUCAACUUUGGUUGGGAAGCUGGCAAGUUCUUCUAUUUCCUCUACUUCAUGUUCAUGUGUUUCAUCUACUUCACUCUCUAUGGCAUGAUGGUGGUGGCCCUCACCCCAGGCUACCAGAUUGCAGCCAUCUGCAUGUCCUUCUUCCUCAGCUUCUGGAACCUCUUUGCCGGCUUUCUCAUCACCCGUCCUUUGAUUCCUAUAUGGUGGAGAUGGUACUAUUGGGUAUGUCCAGUGGCCUGGACCUUGUAUGGCUUGAUUACUUCUCAAGUUGGACAAAUCGACCAUGAAAUGCAGAUACCUGGGCAAGACCCUCAGACAGUGAGGGAAUUCCUUAAGAACAGCCUUGGCUACGAGUACAGCUUUCUUGGGGCAGUUGUAGGGGUUCAUGUAGGCAUUGUUGUCCUCUUUGUUUUAGUCUUUGCCUUUGGUAUUAAGUACCUCAACUUCCAAAGAAGAUAGAGACCUAUGAUUCAUAUUUGUAACUAAUAGUCAGCUUUUUCUCUUUUGUUUUUUGCAUAGUUUUGUCUAGUGUAUUAUAUAUAUCUAGUUUUGGCGGCUUGAAGACCCAUGCCCAUGCUGAUUGGAUACAAAGGUUGUUGGUUAUAUUAAUCAGAGCAAUAGAAGAUGUGUUACAUUUGUAAAAGGUGCUUAUUGUAAGCAUGGUAUGUUUGCUUACAUAAUUUACAGAAAUUUAUCAAAAUACCAAU